CCGGAUUCUUGUACCGAGACGGUAUAUGGUGUGCAUGCAUUGGAUGUUCAUCUAGGUGGAGUAAAAGUGCAUCUAAGCCAUGUUUGCAUGCGGGUAAGACCAAUAACCGGUUUAGCGUGGGAGACUUUGGCGCCAAGGGUUUUUGCUAGCCAUUCAAAGUCGCUCCCGCGGUACGAAUUAAUGGUCGUGUACGAAUUAAUGGCCCUGACUAGGGGGUUUCCUCCUAGUCAGACGGUCGAUUUUGUAGACCUGACGAGUAUUCCUUCCGUCCCUUGUAGUUGUUAUGCUUAGGUAUUCCAACCUACACCCGCACCCUCGAUGACCCGGUUCCAUAAAGGAUAAUAAGACCUCUGCAAAGACAACUUGACAUCAUCUAUCUCCUUACCUUAUGCCCAUCU